AGCCUCGCCCAGGUGCUCUGUGGCUCAGGAGGGGCCACCAGGUCCUCAGAAGUCAGACCAUGAGCUCCUUCGAUCUACAGGCGCAUUCCCCACCCCGAUGCAGCCCCCAGUUCCCCAACAUUGGCCAAGAGCCUCCUGAGAUGAACAUCUAUUAUGAGAACUUUUUCCACCCACAGAACAUGCCCAGUCCCCAGCGUCCCUCAGGCUAUGAUAGCAGUGGGGACUUUGGGGCCACAGCAAACCCCUACCUCUGGCUGAAUGGGCCUGCGAUCACUCCUCCACCCUACCUCCCAGGCUCCAACCCUGGACCCUUCCUCCCCCAGUCCUAUGGCAUGCAGAGGCAGCUGCUGCCCAAUGGCCUUGGGGCUACUGACCUGGGCUGGCUACCCAUACCUUCCCAGGAAGAACUGAUGAAGCUGGUGCGGCCACCCUACUCCUACUCAGCCCUCAUUGCCAUGGCCAUCCACGGGGCCCCGGACAAGCGACUGACCCUCAGCCAGAUCUACCAGUAUGUGGCAGACAACUUCCCCUUCUACAACAAGAGCAAAGCUGGCUGGCAGAACUCCAUUCGGCAUAACCUGUCUCUCAAUGACUGCUUUAAGAAAGUGCCCAGAGAUGAGGAUGAUCCAGGAAAAGGGAAUUACUGGACUCUGGAUCCAAACUGCGAGAAGAUGUUUGACAAUGGAAAUUUCCGCAGAAAGCGAAAGAGGAAGUCAGAUGUCACCUCCAGCACAGGCUCCUUGGCCUCAGAGAAAUCCGAGGACAGUCUCUUGUCUGGCAGUCCCAAGACCACAGAGCCCCAGGACAUGUUAGACAGUGCCUCUCCAGGCUCUGACAACUCUCCUGAGAAGAGGUCUCCCCCUUCUCCUUCGAGCACCCCCUGCCUCAACAGCUUCCUCUCCACCAUGACAGCCUAUGUCAGUGGGUCCAACUCUGUGGGUCGUUCAGGGGUGGCUCCUCCAGGACUGAACAAUGACAGCACUGAUAAGAUGGGUCAGAACUUGCUGAGCUUCAACUCCUACUCCUCUCUCACCAACAUCCCCAGCCAUGGAGGUGGGGGUGACUGGUCCAACUCCAUGCCCUCCAACCACCUUGGCUAUAGCGGAUCUGUCCUCAACCAGUUCAAUUCCCAUUUCUACAACAGCAUUAACCAGAACAGCAUCCUCUACCCCAGGGAGGGGACUGAGGUCUAGGAAAAGGAGGAUAGUCCUAGGCAAGGGCAGGAAGGGCUGAAAAAAAGAGAGAAGCUUCUCUGAAUAGGUAAUUCUCUUCAUAUUGAGAUUUGAGAGUUGGAAUCUGGUCCAGAAUUGAUUUGAAAGGGUAGGAGAAAACCUUCCCUCUCUCCAGAGACUUGACUCAGUGCAUAUACCUGCCCAAAUAGACAUAAUCCUACAAACAUUCUACAAGCACAUAUAAAAAUAUAGACAUGGAACUUUACUCAGGACACACUUCUAAGUAAGGCAACCCCCCUGGGGCAGCAUAUUGAGGAGAUCUAGUUGGAAAGCUAUUGCUUAGGCACUUGAGGAUGGGAAAUCCUAUGAGAUCUCAUCUCUUCUCCUUUGUAGUCUGAGGGAAAAUUCAGACCAACACUUGGCAGGUCUAAGCCAUAGAUAUUGAAGCUGGUAGGAGAUAUUGCUUGUGUGGCUGGCUAUUCCUGAGGGCACCAAGGAGCCAAGAUCUCCUACCCUUCAGAGCCUGGAGCCAGGAUCCCCAUCACAUCUUCAGCAUAGGGAGAUGGGGGCCAGAACAGUUUACCAGAGCAAAUGGCCCCCAGCCUCUGCCACCCCCAGCCCCUCAGCCAAGAGGCCACUGUCACUAGAGAGCCUGGUGACAGCGCCUCCCAAGGAGCUGGGUGAGAAGUAUGAGCCUGAUAUCCCUGGCACUGCCAAUGUAUAACUCCCCUAAAAGCCUCACUUCCUGUGUGUCAUGGGCCACUGAAAAUGUGAUGUCGGUGCUAUCCAAGAGAAACACUAGUAGAAUAAAGUCUUCCUUUUUAUAGCCAGAAAUAAGGGAAAGAUGAAGGAGAAACCUCCUGCUUCAGGGAGGUGACAGACAGCUCCUCCCCUCCGUGUCCUGAGAACCCACCAGAUUCCUGCCCCAAGAUCUCUGCCCACAGUGUUGCACAUUGUGCCUCAGAGCAGCAGCACCUCUGUAACCGGAGAGGGUUUGGGGUUUUCCUUUUUGAGGAUGGGUUGGUUUUCGGUUCAUUUUUGUUUUGUUUUGUCCUUAUAUGUUUUGUACUCUGAGAUUUCGUCACACCCAGGACACACUUGGAAGUAUUUUUUAUUAAUAAAAUCUUUGUGCAGAA